UGCAUUCUAUAAUUAGUCAAAGCAUAGGCCAAUGACAAUACAUCCUGUUUCCAUCAUUCAUCAAAAACAAACAUGCACACACGUUGUUCCAACCAUUCACUAAAACUGAAUAAUUAACAACCAAAAGUUCCUCCCAUCAAGAAAACACUUUGCCUCCAUCCCUUUCUUUCCAUAUUUUCUUUCAUUUUCACCUCACCAACAACCCCAUUUUCGUUAACUUUCUUGUCAUAUGAUCUCAAGUUUCAUUUUCUUAACUUAACAUUUUUGCUAGAAUCAACAAGAAAAUGGCUGUCUAGGAAUACUUUUAUGGAAUGUGUGAUAUUUGAAGGGCGUUAAACGUGAAGUAUGAUUCUUGAAACGAACAAUAAUUCAAUGGCUGGAUUCAAGAAGUCACGUUUGGCCAAUGAUUCAGGGGUCACUAGUCCUCAUUCCCCAAAGAAUCUACCUUCAGAUAUGGAGUUGAUGAAGGAAAAGUUUGCAAAGUUGCUUCUUGGUGAGGAUAUGUCUGGUGGAGGAAAGGGUGUUUCGUCUGCGCUGGCUUUGUCAAAUGCAAUCACAAAUCUAUCAGCUUCUGUUUUUGGAGAAAUGAAGAGAUUAGAGCCAAUGUCAGCUGAGAGAAAAGAGAAAUGGAGGAAAGAAAUUGGUUGGCUUUUAUCUGUCACAGAUCACAUUGUUGAAUUUGUUCCUUGUAAACAAAAAUCAAAAGAUGGAACAAACAUGGAGGUUAUGGUAACAAAGCAGCGAUCUGAUCUUCAAAUGAACAUUCCAGCACUACGCAAGCUAGAUGCAAUGCUUAUUGAUUGCUUAGAUGGCCUUAACGAUCAACACGAGUUCUCCUAUGUAUCAAAAGAUGAUGAAUCAGAAGAAGGAAAAAACAGCAGGAAAGAUGACAAAUGGUGGAUACCUACUCCUAAGGUUCCUCCUAACGGCUUGUCUGAUUUUAUGAGGAAAUGGCUGCGAUGUCAGAAGGAUUCAGUAAACCAAGUUCAUAAAGCAGCCAUGGCCAUAAAUUCUCAAGUCCUAUCAGAAAUGGCGAUUCCAGAAAGUUAUAUAGAAUCCCUACCUAAGAAUGGGAGAGCAAGCCUAGGAGAUUCGAUCUACAAAAGCAUCACCGAGGAAUACUUUGAUCCAGAUUACUUCUUCACAACGAUGGACAUGUCGUCAGAACAUAAAAUCUUAGACCUCAAGGACAGGAUCGAGGCUUCUGUAGUUAUUUGGAGAAGAAAAAUGAAUGCUAAAGAUGGGAAGUCAUCCUGGGGUUCGACUGUUAGCUUUGAGAAGAGAGGAAUAUUUGAAGAAAGAGCAGAAGUCGUCUUGCUAAUUCUUAAGCAGCACUUCCCUGGAAUUUCUCAGUCAACACUAGACAUUAGUAAAAUCCAAUACAACAAAGAUGUGGGACAAGCUGUUUUAGAAAGCUAUUCAAGAAUAAUAGAAAGCAGGGCAUUCACAAUCAUGUCACGAAUUGAAGACGUUCUCCAAGCAGAUGCUAUGGCCCAAAAUCCUUCCAAUGGAGUAGCAAAGAGACCACUAUCAGAUAAAGAAGAAGCAGGGAAGCUUAAUUCUGCAGACAAUGGAGCUGCAAUGACACUUUUGGACUUCAUCGGAUGGACACCUGAUCAAGAAAGCGACUACACUAAGAAAGAUUUGAAGGAGGAUCCAACUAAAGAUAUUGACACAAAGAUCAAAUGCAAAGCUCCUAACAUAGUCACCAACAAGAGGUUUUCUUACCUAGAGAACUUAGGUAUGUGUAGAAGUCCAACAGCCCGUCACUAAUUGAUGGCAGUGCAGAAUUUUAGUUAACUCAUGAGGAGCGACAGCAGAAUUCAUGGAAGUCUGAAAGCUUGUCCUCAAAUGUACAUGUUGAGAUGAAUCACACCCAUCUAGGAUUUAACUAAGCGAUUCCUUUUGUAAGUAGGGAAAAGUUAGUGGACCUACCGGGUCUGUGGAACUUCUUUUGAAGUGAUUUAGUAUGUACCAUAUGUCACCUUGUUAUAGAACAAUGUGAAUUUUGGACUUUUUGCAAAUAGUCCAAUGAUAAUGUGAAUGACCUUAGGUCUUUAGAUUUAUUGGGAAGGAAGUCUGCAAUACA